AACGACCGUAACGACAACUAUGGCGGCCAAAACGAGUACGGCAGACACGAGGGAAGAAACGACUACAACAGCGGUAGAAACGACAGCUACGGCAGUGGCAGAAACGACUUCAACAGCGGUAGAAACGACAACUAUGGCGGUGGAAGAAACGAAAACUACAACAGUGGCAGAAACGACAACUACGGCAGUGGCAGAAACGACAGCUACGGCGGCGGUAGAAAUGACUACAACAGCGGCAGAAACGAUAACUACGGCGGCAACAACCAAGGCGGU